AACGAAUAUCGCAUCAAAACCGUAGGCAACUAACGUUGUUUUGAAGUCACACCAGUUGUCAUAAAGCUGAGAAGAGGAUAAUUUGCCCAAAGCAUGGUAUGAAUUAUGCAUCAGACGUGAGUAUACGGGAAUCAGUCUGAGUUGAGCAUGGAAAUGGGGGUAUGCAGUAUUGAUACAAGAGCAGGGUUGUAGUCAGUUCGAUUUUAGCGUUUAUAAACAGCAGAAAGUAUGGAUCAAGGGCCCGGAGCCCAACCCAUGCAUACUAUUCCCAUUCAGGGACCAACUUUGACGCAAAAAAUGGCCAAGACAAAGUCGACCAAGCUAGGGAAGGUGGGCCGGCUAGCAUCAAUGAGAACGACUAAAUCCAAAAAAGACAAGCACAAUGGUCAUCACAAAUACAAGGAACGUAUGGCUAGUACUCGGGAAGAGGAUACUGUCGGUAAUCAGGAAUUGGAUGAUGAAAUCGAGCGAAUCAAAAGACUACCAGAGGAUGAAUUUAGCAAGAUCUUCGAGAAAAUGCUGGAUGAAAUGAACCUAUCAGAUGCCCACAAAGAUCCCAUAAGAAAAAGAGACAUGUCUACAAAGAUGGACAUGCUGUUCAGCUUCAAGAGGAGGCAGUUUGCAUCUCAGCAAGACUCCUCUGAGGGCAUGUCCUCGCCAGGUGACUACAUCAAGGAACUGCAGAGAUCUGAUGUCUCGCUUGAGAGUCUCUUGAAGACGCUGCAGUCAUGCCGUGUAUCACUGACAGGAAGACCUCUCAGCUGGAUUCAAGAGUUUGGAGGCCAGGGAAUGCACUGUCUCCUGAAACACCUUAGGAACUCAUGUUCCGUCCGUGGAUCAGUGGAGAAGCGGAUUCAACACGAAUGUGUCCGAUGUCUGAAGGCAUACAUGAACAACAAGUAUGGUCUCCAACUCAUGCUGAAGAGUGAGGAUGGGUUGACGUUACUUGCUCGCAGCAUGGACCCUAAUUAUCCCAGUAUGAUGACUGAUGUUGUCAAGGUGAUGGCUGCCGUUUGUCUUGUCAAGCACGACCGGGCCGUGGAAGCCAUGACAGUAUGUGGGGAGCUUGAGGAGAAAGGCAGAUUUAGCAAGAUUGUUGAUGCUCUCCAUGAUGACCACACAUCACUCAAGGUUGCUUGUAUCCAGUUUAUCAAUGCCCUGAUCAGUACUCCAGAUGAUCUGGAUUUCCGGCUACACUUGAGGAACGAGUUUGUCCGAGAAGGUCUCAACGAUGCAUUCCAGGAUUUGAGGGACCUAGAGAAUGAUGACCUUAACGUUCAACUGGACAUUUGGGAGGAGCAUCGGGAUGAUGAUGCCAGCGAGUUCCAGCACAGGCUAAACAACAUUAUGGUCAACUUUGAGGAUCCUGGCGAGAUCUUUAGCAUACUGAAUAACCUGGUUCAGGAUACAGCUGCCGACAACCUGUUUUUAUCCAUACUUCAACAUCUAUUGCUCAUAAGGGAUGAUGUCUAUGCCAGGCCACAGUAUUACAAGUUAAUAGAAGAAGUUGUCUCACAAGUUGUACUACAUCGGAGUGGAGUGGACCCUGACUUUGCUACUAGGCGAUUCCAAAUUGAUGUAGACCCGUUAAUAGAGGGGCUAGUCGACAAAGCAAAGUAUGAGGAGGCAGCCGAGAAGGCUAUGCAGCUAGAAACUAAGCUAGAGCUGGAGACAACUAUGAGGCAAGAAAGUGAAGCCAAGUUGAACCUCACUACUACCAACUAUGAGGAGAAGGUUACCACCCUGGAAAAGGAGCUGGAAGAAUUGAAACGAACAGGGGUGAGACCUGCAGCUGGCGGAGGUCCCCCACCUCCCCCUCCCCCACCUGGAGGUGUGCCUCCACCUCCCCCACCACCACCACCAGGCAUGGGCGGGGCACCACCCCCACCUCCUCCCCCACCACCAGGCAUGGGUGGAGGACCACCACCUCCCCCACCUCCACCACCCGGCCCUGGAGGAGGUCCUCCUCCGCCCCCUCCUCCUCCUGGAGGUGGUCCGCCUGGUCCCCCACCUCCACCAGGUAUGGGUGGUCCUCCGCUGCCACCUGGUGGUCUGCCAUCACCAUUCAGAUCACCAGGAGCUCAAUUGCCGCCUGGUUUUGCACCAAAGAAGAAGUACAAACCAGAAGCUCAGAUGAAGAGGGCGAACUGGACAAAGAUUAACAACAGGAACAUUACAGAUAACUGCUUUUGGAAGAAAGUCAAUGAGGAGAAGCUUGAGCGAGAAGACAUGUUAGCUGAGCUGACUCGUACCUUUGCUGCUAAGAGUGCGCCUAAGAAACUUGACAACCCAGAUGGAGAGGAGAAAAAGUCUGUUGCCAAGAAGAAAGCCAAGGAACUUAAAGUCUUAGAUCCUAAAUCUGCACAGAAUCUUUCAAUUUUCCUUGGAUCACUCAAGUCAUCCCAUGAGGAAAUCAAGUCGCAUAUUCUUCAUUGUGACCAGGAGAAAUUAUCAGAGAGUGCCAUUGAGUCGCUGCUCAAAUACCUCCCCUCCCCUGAGCAGAUGGAGCAGCUGUCCAACAUGAAGGACCAAAUUUCAGAAUUAAGUGAACCUGAACAGUUUGCUGUACAUAUCAGUGAUAUCAAAAAGCUGGAGCAAAGGCUGAACUGCCUACUGUUCAGGACCAGAUUCCCAGAGGAAAUGUCCGACACUAAACCAGGUGUAGUCAAUGCUACAGCAGCGUGCAGGGAAGUGAAGACAAGCCCCAAAUUUGCCAAGUUACUAGAGCUUAUUCUCUUGAUGGGUAACUACAUGAACACUGGAUCAAGGAACGAGGGAACUAUUGGAUUCGAGAUCAGCUACCUCACCAAGUUGAGUUCUACCAAGUCUGUGGACGGCCAGAGAAAUCUGCUUCACUUCAUUGCUGAUGCUGUAGAAAACAAGUACUCCUCUGAGAUCGCAGGAUUUGAAAAUGAGCUUGGGCAUGUUGAGGCUGCAGGCAAAGUCUCUGAGGAAAUUCUUGGCAAGUCGAUCAGCAACAUGUCAGCAAACCUGCGCAAGAUUGAGAAGGAGCUUGAAGCAAAACAACAGAACACGAAUCCUGAGGACCGCUUCCACGAUGCCAUGAAGGAGUUCUACAGUAGCGCCAAGGACCAGGUGGAUGUUCUGGUGGAAAUGCACAAGAACAUGGUCACCAUGUUCAAGGAUGUUCUCGAGUUCUUCUGUAUGGACCCCAAGAAAACAUCCAUGGAGGAGUUCUUUGGCGAUCUCAAGACUUUCAUGGAUCAAUACUCGCAAUGCAAGAAGGAGAACAUGAAAAGACAAGAGAAAGAGGAAAAAGAAAAGCGAGCAAAGGAGAGAGCGGAGAAGGAAAAGGAGAGGAAGAGUAGGAUGGAGAACGAGAAGUCCAAGAGGAACCCGCUCGUCGAUAUGAAUGCAGAUGAUAACCAGGAGGGUGUGUUAGACGGGCUCAUGCAGGCCCUACAAACCGGAAGCGCGUUCAGGGACCCCACAAGGCCCGCAAGGAAAAAGAACCCCGCCAAGAAAGGCACACGCCCAGCGAACCUGAGCAGAUCACGCACGCGCUCGAACAUCCCCGUACAAAAGGUGCUAGCUGAACAGGCGGCUGCUAACUCGCCAAACUCGCCCAAUGGCGUCCCCAACGACGAGAACGAGAACCCCGCGAGGCCCACGAGAAGACGGCGGCCGGAGAACGCACAGAAGGAGGCGCAGGACAUCCUAGAGCAGCUUAAGAACCUGUGAGAGAUGGCUAAGAUAGACUUAGGAAUAAAGCAAUCAGACGGGUCCGCCCGCCGAGAAAAAGACCAAUUGAAGACGAGAGAAAGAGACGCGCAAGAAAAUGAGUUAGAAAUAAGUCCAUCCAAGUAAAUGUUUACACUCUUGCCAGGCAUGUCGACUGGGCGUUACUCAUGAGGUUGGAGGUUAACGUUUCGCAUGAAGAGGCACGGUAAAGGGCCGUCCUGGCACGACCUAUAAUCUAGACCCGCUCCAUCCUUACCGCUCUACUGUCCGGUCCGGUUUGAUGAGACCAAUCGCGCAGAACAUACCAUGACUCCAUAUUACACUCCACAUCGGGAAGGAAGUUCUCUCCGAAACACGGUCCUCCAGAUUUCUGGAAAUUGCUGGACGUUAACUCAUACGUAUAAUAACAAAAUAGACGAUAAUAAAAGCGAAUACAAAGUGUUUUAGGGGAAGCGUAAUUACGCUGUGCUUCGUAUAGCGCGGCUUUAGAAUUCAAAGAAUAGUUCCUAGAAUAGCUCCUUGAUAUAUCAUACAAUAAGAUUGUCACCCAGUAAGCGGGCAUAAAAUGCAUUCCACUCCGACUUUUGAGAAACAGAAACAGAGUUUCUUAGCGUCUCCGUUUGCAUUGAGUCGAAAUGUUUUUUUAAGUGUUUUUGUCUGUUCUGUUUUAACCCCAAUGCAAUCGUGAUUUUUAUCGAGUAAAGAAAUAUAUAUUACACUUGGUGUUUCGUCCUCAGGACUCGCCCACUCUAAUGCCUUUUCUGAACGGAGACACAAUGCUGAAGAAACAUACACGCGAGGAAGCACCCUUUCAAGGGCAAAGAAAUGUUCCUGAACUUUGCGCGCGCAAGGGAGAUAUACGUUUAGAGGAUGACAGGGAAUGACAUGAUAAUCUUGCUUAUUUUCGUUGGAAAAUAAUUUGUUGGUAUGACUGGCCCGGAUGGAUGCCCCUAGCUUCUGUGAAUAUCUUGUACAAAGUAAAAAAUGAUGCCAUUGCUUGGAAUUGUGAUGCGAAUGAGGGAAUAAAUCUUCUUUGUGAAAAGAGUGGUUGAAUCGCUGUCUCGAUGUGAAAAAAAUGUAAUGAUAAAUCAAUUUUAAUAAAUAAAAUGGACGAAAAGCUGA